AUGGUCGGAAUAGGAUCUCUAACUGAAGAUUUGGAGCCCGUUGUUAUUCACAAAAAAACCCCUAAUGCCGCCACCAAGAAGGAUGAGAAAGUCGUUAACGCCGCUCGUCGUGCUGGUGCCGAGAUUGAAUCCGCUCGAAUGGACAAGAAACUUACCCAGGCUCAACUUGCACAGUUGAUAAAUGAGAAACCCCAGAUCAUGCGAGAUCAGCUCAUUACUCGGAGUGAGAAUGUUAGUAAGGAAAUUCGGAAGAUUUUGACCGAUAGGGCAACUAAUUUCAACAUUGAUGAUGUGUCAAUUACAAGUCUAACUUUCGGGAAGGUAUUCACUGCUGCAAUUGAGGUUAAAAAGGUAGAUGUACAAGAUGUUGAGAGAGCUAAAUUCAUUGUGAAAAGGACCAGAAAAGUGUUGUUAUCCGAGCACAGGGCGAACCCAAGGGUAGCAUAUUCAAAAACUAUGAAAGACCUAAUGGUGUAUUUCCGGCGAUCGGAGGCUCCCUUCAACGAUCCGAAUGGUCAGCAAGUAGAAGACAACACGAGGAACGAUAUACUAUGA